CACUCAAAGCCCAUACUAAAAUGAAACAUAGGCUUAGUUUCGAGUGAGGGAGAGAGUGAGCAAGACCUACUAAUGAAAACCCUAAAUUGCAGCAUCUUUGUCGUUGUCGCCAUCGCCAUCGCCAUCGCCAUCGCCGUCGCCGUCGCCGCCUCCUCGUCACCGCCACAGCCACAGCCACAGCCGUUCAUCUCCUUGCCGCUAGCGCCAAUACGACAACGUGCUUUGACAAUCUCUUUUCCCGUUGUCUCUUCCGUCGACGCAUCUCCUCAGGUCGCGACGUGGGAAAGAAAAUUUGAUAUCGAAAAAACAAAGCUAAUGUGUGCUAACAUGCUCAAGUGGAGGAAAGAAUUUAGUUCAGACACUAUUGUAGAGUUACGUCGUGAGAGGAUUGAUGAAAGAAUGAAGGCAUUGCAGGAAUUAGUUUCCAGCAUCAAUAAGGAUGAGCCCCCAAGUGAAAGGAAGAUUGCCAAAUUGUGUGAAUAUGCUGCAAAAAAAUCCUUUUUGGAUUCCAAAGCAAAAUAUUUUGAAGAAAGGUGCUACAAGGAGCUCCGAUCUAAGCACAUCAAACUUGUCAAUAUUGUACCUGAAACUUUCAACAAGUUGAUUUCUCAUUGUAAAGUGCAAAUGAUUGAAAAAUCUCAAAUCACAGUUAUACUCAGCUGUCGAGUAUUUUGAACUUUCAUACACCAAUGAUGACCAAAAACAAAUAUACGUAGAGACAUUAAAGGAUUAUGCGGUUCCUAAAAUCUUAGAAAUUCAUGUCGGUCCUCUUUUAACACUUCUGGAUACUCUAAGUUGACAUCCUUCAUUAUUGAUAAGUGUUUGUAUCGAUCCAUGUAGAAUAGAAGUUUGCAUUUAGAUGUUAAUAUCAUGAUAAUUUCAGAUGUUUAGCAGUAUAAUAUCUUGUUAGCAAACUAGCUUCGUUAGCACGUUGGGUUGGCUACCAAAUAGCUGAGUUCAGUUUAGUUUGUUCUUAAUGUAAUUUGUUAAAUCAACAAUAGUGGUUUAUAGUUUUCUGAUCCAUUUAGUUUCAAUUUUAAAUGGGGGCACCGUUCAGUUUGCUGC